GCGGCGGCGGCGGCGGGUGCCGGGAGCGCCGGCCGGGGCGGAGCGGGGCCCCAGCGCACUGCCCGGCUCGGGCCAUGACCCCCGCUGCUCUCUCUUGUAGACUCGUCGCCGCGGCCCCUCGAGCCCGGCCGUCGCCGCUACGGGCGCCCGGGCGGGCCCCACAGUGAGCCCAUCAGGAAGUGAUGAGGACACAGAGGCUUAUAAAGAUCAAGUGACUGAUCCAAGGUCACGCGCAGGGGCGGGCGGGCUGCAGAGGUGCCGACAUGGGGCUGAAGCUGACCUGCCUGAAAGGCUUAAAGAUGUGUGUAAGCAGCAGUGGCAGCCACGACGAGGCCCCCGUGCUGAGCGACAAGCACCUGGACGUCCCCAACAUCAUCAUCACGCCGCCGACCCCCACGGGCGUGGCCCUGCCCAGGGACACCCGGAGGGCAGUCUGGCUGGACGAGUCUGGGUCGUGCACAGAGGAUGGAGACCUUGACCCUGAGGCCUGAGGCGGCGAUGCAAGUCAGGGGUGUGCCUGCCCCGGCUCCUGCUCUGGCCGUCCCCCUCUCCGCGUGUCCGGGGCCCUGGGACGCUCUGCUGAGGACGCUGGCUGGGAGGACGCAGCGGUUCCAGCGCUGGACCAGAGGCGUGGGGAGAGGAGUGAGCAGUCAGCCCCGCCCACUUCCAGAGCGACACUUCCCAGGCCCCGUGGGGUGGACCGGACCUCCGACGCCUCCGCGUUCUCGUCGACCCCGGGCAUGGUGACGGGCGCCGUCCAGGAGAGGCUCCCUUCUGGCCAGAUGGACUCCCAGCGCCCAGGGCCAUGCAGACGGGCGCCCUGGAGGUGCACACACACACAAGGACUUCUUGCACAGGACUGGCUCCUUUUUUACACGUUGUCGUAAAGGCAUCGAAACUGUCCAGAAAGUGAUUUAUAAGUUCUUUUUUGCAUUGUAAAUAAAGAUCCCGUGUAACGA